AUGGGUCUCGCCUCCGCCCUCCUCCUCAUCAUCAUAACCAUCAUCUUCCCCCCGCUCGGCGUCUUCGCCGUCGCCGGCUGCGGCAUGGACCUGCUCAUCAACAUCGUGCUCACAAUCCUCGGCUACCUGCCGGGCCACCUGCACGCCUUCUACCUCGAGUGGGUGUACUACGAGCGCAAGGAGCAGAACCUGGCGGGCCGGCUCAUGGAGGCGCCUGCGCCGUUUGUGUUUUCAGAGAGGAUCCAGGGGACGAGUUAUGGUACUAUUGUGAGGGAGCCGGUUUAA